AUGUCUGGGCCACGAGAAGCAAUAUUUCCAACAAGAAUGGCGCUUACAAACACCAAGCUACGGCUCAAGGGUGCACAGACGGGCCACUCGCUCCUGGCCAAGAAGCGAGACGCGCUCAUGACCCGCUUUCGAGCGAUUUUGCGCAAAGUUGACGAGGCAAAGCGCAAGAUGGGACGUGUGAUGCAAUUGGCGUCUUUUUCACUCGCCGAAGUCACAUAUGCUACCGGAGACAUUGCAUAUCUAGUUCAAGAGCAGGCGAAGAAUGCCUCUUUCCGCGUCAAGGCAGCUCAGGAGAACGUCUCCGGUGUAGUCUUGCCCACUUUCGAGGUGGAUAGGGUGGCAGGCAGCGAUUUUAAUCUCACCGGCCUUGGUCGUGGUGGACAGCAGGUGAUCAAGUCGAAGGAAGUCUAUGCCAAAGCCCUUGAAACACUGGUCGAACUUGCCUCACUACAGACAGCAUUCAUGAUCCUGGACGAAGUCAUUCGAGCUACUAACCGACGUGUUAACGCUAUCGAGCACGUUGUCAUCCCUCGACUAGAAAACACUAUCAAGUUUAUCAUCUCAGAAUUGGAUGAGAUGGAUCGUGAAGAAUUCUAUCGAUUGAAGAAAGUCCAGGGCAAGAAGAAGCGAGAUGCCGAGGCAGCUGAAGCCCUGAAGAAGAAACUCGCUAUUGAAGCUGGCGAAGCAGCUGAAGAAUCAGCCAAGCCCGUUUCGGUGCUUGUCGACGAAGAGGUCGGGCCAGGCGACUUGCUCGCGACAAAGGACGAGGAUGUCAUCUUCUAA